CUGUUAAAUGAAAAAAAAAAAAAAAAGACAAAACCAAUUAGCAAGACUUUUAUCAAACUUCUAGACAGAUAGCUGUAAGCAAGACUUCAUUUUCCAACGUUCUUUAUAGACUUAUUUAGACUAUGAGUAUAUUCUAGCUUUUUACUUUAAGAAUGUUUUUCUCCCACCCACCAUGAAUGCCAAGCCUGUCAAUCACACUAACAACAAGAAGAUACAUAUGGGACAGUUUAGGAGGAAGAGCAGACAUGAGAAACUGCUCCUUUAACUUACUUGGAAUCAACUCCAACAUGUGUGCCUGGGAGAAAAAAAAAAGUAUGUGUUUGGAAUGCCUGAAUCUGCUGUGGUUGUAGAAAAACUGUGCAUGAGUGGAUCUCAUUUCUUGAAUGCAUCAGAAUAUGAGCUGAGCAGAUUCAAAACAAUGCACCAGCCGAAGCUUCAAAAGAUGGUGCAUGACAUCAAGAAAAAUGAAAGUGGGAUAAUAAACAAGUUCAAAAAGUUCCAAAAUGAACAAGUGGCCUUAAUUUGCAAAACUGGGAAAGAUACUUGGGAUCGCCUUAAAAAAAAGCCACCGCCAAGUCUGCCACAAAGGGAUUAUGCUUCAGAACACGCAGACAAUGAAGAGGAACAAUGGUCAGAUGAUUUUGACAGUGAUUAUGAAAAUCCAGAUGACCACUCUGACUCUGAGAUGUAUGUGGUCCCCAGUGAAGAGAAUCCUGAUGACAGCUAUGAGCCACCUCCAAGUGAGAAGGAGAAAAAGAAGAUUCCCUCUGCAUUCCCUAUUUCUAGGGGUGAAUAUGCAGACAAUCGCUCCAGUCACCAGAAGCUUCCUCCCAUGAACAAACCUCUCCCAAGCACACCCAGUCCAGCCAUGUCCAGACCAAAGAAACCAUGUGUGCCAUCCAUGCCACUGCCAUCUCCUGCUGCAAAACCAAAAGUGCCACCUAAGCCUAAGGAGUGCAGUGAUGAUGAGGAUAACUACAUUGUGCCAGUGGACAAUGAUGAUGAUAACUAUAUUCAACCCACAGAAGGCAGCAUGUCACUACCUACAAGAUCACCUGUGAACAGAUUUAUGAAGACAACAAAGCCAGCCCCCCCUAUUUCUCCAAAGCCUUCUCUUACUUCUGUUAUGCAAGAAGUCUACGAGGUUCCUGAAGAAGAGGAAAAACCAUCACCACCACCAGUAACCAGGUUCACCAAGCCACUCAUGUUCAUGCCUGCUCAGAGUACAGAGCACUCCCACAUGCACAGCAUGACCAGAGAGUCACCUAAGCAGGAUAAUUCCAGAAAUAUUUUGCCUCUCCCCAGAAGUCGUCUUCAUCCAAAACCAGACCAUGAAGCAAACAAUAAUGAUGAAAGUCAGAGGUUCAAUAACACACAGGAAUCCAGAUUUCCCACUGGAGCAGCUCCAUCUCCGUUACCAAGGGGCCUCAAGAAAACUUCUAAUGCAGUAAUUUCACCAAAACCAUGUUUACCUUCCAGAGAGACCUUAACUGCAAAUGAAGAAAAACCUACGGUACCAGACCGACGGCGCAAUUCCAGCCAGGAACUUCCACUUCCCCCCCUUCCAAGUGGUGCCCAAAAGCCUCUGCUCCAAAAGCCCUCAAUUCUGCCAAAAGUCCCAGAAGCUGUAAACCGUUCUUUGGGUGCUUCCCCUCCCAGCAGCAUUUCAUCUGUUUCAAGUUCUGCAGACCAGGAUGCUGGUGUCCACAGCAAAGCAUGGUAUGCUGCUACCUGUGAUAGGAAAAUGGCAGAAGAUGCAUUGUACCGAUCAAACAAGGAUGGAUCUUUUCUAAUAAGGAAGAGUUCUGGGCAGGACUCACGGCAGCCAUAUACACUGGUUGUGUUUUACAACAGAAGAGUGUACAACAUCCCGAUACGAUUCAUUGAAUCCACAAGGCAAUAUGCACUGGGCAGAGAAAAAAGUGGUGAAGAGCGCUUUGACAGUGUUGCUGAAAUAGUAGAGAAUCAUCAGCGCACCUCCCUGGUUCUAAUUGACAGCCAAAACAACACAAAAGACUCAACAAAACUGAAAUAUAUUGUAAGAGUUUCUUAAUCAAACUGAACUGCUGAAAUGAAGACCUCUUUAAUAAUUUCUUUCUACAUACUGAGACAUGGACAAGGUAUUAAAAGAAGAAAAUCCAAAAUGAUGGGAAACACUCUUCAAGAGCACCUACAGAGUAGUAAGAAAUGCAUUUCAUAGAGUUCAACCCCACGUCACUUUGAUCAGGAAAGUUUAACACAAGAAGCCAAAGCAGACACACUGUCAUCUGUGACAACACGGGUAUCCAGUCAUGGGAAGAACAGCUGCAUACCACAGCCUCUGACUGCUGUUUGAGGACAGAUUUCUUGAAGGACAUUUUCAUUUUAAAAAUGAGAAUACCCACAGUGAUCUAUUCUUUCAAUUUAUAUUUACCACAUAUCACUGCUUUCAGCAAUUUCUUUGUAAAGUGCACAGCCCCAGAAAUUAGAGCAACUUGACCUAAUGUACCACUGUGCACAAGUUGAAAAUAGGACUGGACUUUGAUUAGUGGUAAUAAAUCCACCUGAAUGUUUUAGAUUUAUGGACAUGUGUUGUACUUUCCGUCAGCUUCACCCUGUUUCACUGAUAUUUUUGUUUGUAUUUUCAAAUGUAAAAAUAAAAUUUAAAUAUACUGUAAACUCAGUAGUGUAUGGAGACUUUGCUGGACUGCAUUUCUGACACCCUUCCAGCAAGAAAGCAUCGCUAGUGUUGAUGUUUUAAUGUAUAUAUUUGUAUGUGCUCCUUCACAAUGUUAUGAAAAAGCAUCACUUUUUACAACUUUAUCUCAUGUGUGUAUAUAUAUAUAUUACACACACAAUUUGGCUUAAUGACUCUCAAAUAUUUUGUCUUCAAAUUGCCUACUGCUGAUGACCCAGGCACACUGCAUCAUUGCUAAAUUACUCACUUCUUGCUGAAUUACUGUUCAUGGAGACACACACAGGGAAAAAAACACUUUUUUAUGUGAUAGCCUGUUCUAUCACAGUGGUUACUGUGAUUACUGGAUACUGUGAUUACUGUAAUUUUGUGGAAAAAGUAAACUUCCACAAAUAUUCAAGUGGUAAAAAUUAAUUUGAUGAAUGUAGAAAUUGCAUCAAUGAAAAACUUUUAGGAGCAAUUGUUAACUAGUUCUAGCAGUGUUUGAUUUCACUGGACCUGAAGACUGAUCCAUCUUAAAGGUAUUUUCCAAAACUGACAUAUUAUACACACUCAGUUCAUUCUUUUUGUUCCAUAUAAAGCAGUGUUCUCCAGGAUUAUAUUCAAGGCAUUAAAGGCGAGACUGAGUCAAGACCUGCAAAGUCUCAGCAAGUCACUUAGGGCCAUAGGGUGGCUGAAUUCUGCAAAUACUUUCUUGUGCUUUUGAUCAGAUACUUCUAAAAGUCAUGCAGCAGUCUCCUAGAAAGAACUGUAUGCCAGCAGGGUGCUCAGCACAUGGCUACCUACAUGCCUUGAGGCAGGUCAGCUUCUUCCCUCUGCAACACAGGCAACGCUUACCCAAAUGUGAUGGGAUAACACACUGGCAAAUAAGAAACAACGUACACAGACUACACACACCUACCUACGACAGACCAUCACAGUACUACCUAAAGGCUGUGUUUAGUAUAUUGCUCAGUUGGUAUUUUAUAUUUAACACUAUGCCUAAUACUACUGAAAUGUUUAGAACGUUAAGAUUACCAAGUCAAGGUGUAAAAACACAAGUUAAUAGUGUCUGCAAGCUUCAUUUCCUCUUUCUAUAUAGGUACUAUUAUAUUAUUUAGCUAAUUUAAGUAUCACUUUAGAAGCUAUUUCAAGCAAUACUCCCAAUGGAAGUACUCUGAAAAAAGUAGCCACUGAGUAUUUAACUUCCUCUGCAUUCACGUAGUCCUUGCCUUUCAAUCAUGUACUGCACAGUAUUUCAACUUGGUACUGUCUGUCUGCCAACCUUUCUGUGUUGCCCCUCAAAAUCUCUAGACUCUUCAUUCUUUCCAAGUUAAGUGUGCAGUAUCUCCAUCAUUGUAGGACUGAGGGGGAAAAAAUAGCAUGAACAAGGGAAGUUCAAGUGUGUAUAUUUCAUAACAGGGACUAAAUAUCACUUUUUUAAAAGGUAAUUAGCACUGAGCACUUUAAAACACUGCUGUUCCUGCCCCUCAGCUCUAAGUGCUCAGCACUACAUAGAAUAUUGUGGUUGACCUACAAAUAACAAAUUGCUCUAGAUAAAGGGGCCAGUUACCUUCAUCCUCAAACCUUAAUUUACUUUUUAUCCAUGUUCUACACGAUUAUAGGGCUACCUUAUAGUUAGGACAACAAAACAAGGCAGGGAGCUGAUAGGUAACACAACCUUCCACAAAAUAAUCCAAUCAGCCUGAAAUGAGAACUUUUUAGGCACUAUUUAGGCAAAAUAAGGCUCGUUGGGGGAGCCUCCCCCAACAAACACACAAAACACACCAGCACAUUAUCACCUACUUUACUACACUUGGUGUUUUGUACAGGAACAAAGGCACCAGACUGGUUACUGUGUUUUCCAUACUCCAGCUAGAUCUGUUCUAGUUUGGCAGGGCUUUGGUGCAGACAUACCACGAAACAAAGUUUUAUCCGGAGAAGGUUUAAGCAAGUUUCAGGUAUUGCACCAAGCUACCAUCUCCUACAUUCUGGACACAGAAUAAAUUGGCACUCAGGAUGAAGCCUGCUGAGUUCAAAAUCCCAGUGCUGUGGGCUGCAAAGCCAUUACAGAAUGCAGGAAAUGGUGACUUGGUGUGGCUGUUGCAGUGCCAGCAGUCAUCUCCAGCUAACAGGUAUAUCAAGUCUGACCUGAGACACAGCAACACACCCCUCCCCUCCUCUUUCUUUGAUAUUGUGAUACUGUUUGCUGACUUCCCUUUCAUAUAAUAUAUCAUUCACUGAAUAGUUAAAACAAAAACCAAAAAACCCCCAAAACCUCACACCAAAAAACCACACACUCACAAACAACCCGUAAACCAAGAACUAAAAAUGAAUUCUUUUGUCUGAGAACUCAGGGCAAGUGUCAUAUUUAAUAAUACACAAAGGAGAAAUGUUGUCUGCCUACCUGAUACAGAGAGUACAAUGAGUACUGCAUAUCAUUCCUGACAAUGCUGCUCCAUGAAAGGAAUAAGAACCUGCAUUCUCAAAAAUCCAAGUGUUCAAAGACACAAGGUACAAAACUCCAUUCUUCCUUCAAUCAAAAGCAGCAGCAGCAGCAAAAAGAGAUUAUUAGAAGCAUUGUUAGGAAAAAAAAAGCGUGUCACAUAACAACAUAAAGGUGUGUCACGUAAUAACAGCUCUGUAACAAUUUUUUGUUAAAACACUGGAAUUACUGAGGAAGGGCACCAUGACUUACUGAUGAAUGCACAUCUUGCCAAGAACACAUAAUGGGAUCGAUUUUAGGCCUCUUCAAGUUUGUACAAAUAGUUGAUAACCUUGUGCUUGCACCUCUCUUUGUAUGUCCCAAAACAAUAAAAUCAAUUUAAGGUUUAUCUUGCUAUUUGCAAUGUUACAAACUAUUAAAAUGUUAUGGUGGCAUAGUAAAGCACUCAAAAUCAAGAUAAUUCAAGUUACCUGUGCAACCUUGUCACAUCAGCUAUAUCCAUUACAAUACAAGCAUUAGAUAUACAAUCAGUGAAUAUUUUUCCACAGGGACUAUGUUUCACUCGGUUCAUGCAAUACUUCAGGGAUAAAUUGUAGCUGUAUAAUGAAAAACUGUGGUUUGUAGGAUAUUUGUAGCAUACCUUUCCCCCUUUACUGAAAAUGCUGAGAAAUGCACCAACAUUGCAGAAGUCAGCC